AUGGCCAGUGUGAAAGCCACGGCCUCAUCCGCAACGCACGGAUCACUCGGUUCUGCUACGGCUGCUUUGAAGAGGAACAUGCCCAAAUCGAUUGCUGUUCCCACUGUCCUCCGGUGCCCCUCUCCAUCCAGCAUAGUGCACACUGCAACUCUCAUGACUUGGGCUUCAGCAGUGUGGCCACAACCGCAAAAUGCGGCAGAUGUCAGCAGUCAAUCGUCUCCCAGCGCGUCGGCUGCGCUACUUGUCAGGCCGCUCAUCCCUGGAUCGCCAGACAUUGCUCACACUGUCUGGGCCAAGGUCGCGCUCAAACCGUCCUGCUUGGCCAAUACAGAAACUUCAAUGGCGGCGGGUUCGUUCUCAGACAUUGAUUGCAACAAUUCAACAACUUCGUUAAAAAAUGAGCCUCGAUAA